GCAUAUAUCAUCCGGUGGCAGCUGUCCACCUUCCCUGCCGUUUCGUAACUGCUUACGAGAGUAAAUUGCGAGUUGGGAACAGCCCUCUCUUAAGGAGCAGAUUGGGGAGAGGCUCUUCCCACUCGGAGAAGGCAAGUCUUCCCAGGCGCACCCCUCACGUUGGGAGCUACAGCAACCCAGGCGUCUCGUUCUUUACCGCUGCUUCUGCUCCUCCUCCUCUGCUCCUGCUACUUGCUGUUCCCUCCACAAGGUGCCCCGGAGCUCAUCUCUCUCCUCCUCCCUUCCUCCUCUCUCCAGGUCCUACCGCUGGGGCUGCAGGCGCCGCCGCAGGAGCUGCCCCACCACCGACCCCGCUACCAGGCAGCUGCCACUAAAGAUCCAUUCAUGUUGUUGUGAUCCCAAAGGGCAGACAUGAAGCUCAGGCUGUCUUCAGCAAUUGCUGCUCUGUGCGCAGCUCUCCUCCUGUCUUCGAUAGAGGCUGAAGUUAAUCCACCGUCAGACUUGAAUUUUACAAUGAUAGAUGAACACACUGUUCGAAUGUCAUGGACAAGACCACCUGAUGCAAUAGAGGGGUACAGGGUAACAGUGGUCCCUACAACUGAUGGACCUACUAAAGAAUUUACCCUUGCACCUAGCACUACCCAUACUAUAUUGUCAGAUCUUACACCUGAUACAGAAUAUGUUGUGACAAUAACUUCAUAUGAUGACAGAGAAGAGAGUCUACCUGUCUUUGGCCAGCUUACAAUUCAGACAGGUGUUCCAGUGAGUCCAGAGGACAAGAAGCCUGACCAGAUUCAGAUUCAAAAAUGUUCCAUCAGUGCACUGACAGAUUUAGUUUUUCUUGUGGAUGGCUCGUGGAGUGUGGGGAGAAGUAACUUCAGAUAUAUUUUGGACUUCAUGGGCACUCUUGUAUCGGCUUUUGACAUUGGGGAAGAAAAGACACGAAUUGGAGUUGUUCAGUACAGUACUGAUACAAGAACUGAGUUCAACUUAAAUCAGUAUUUCAGAAGGAAUGAUCUUCUUAAUGCAAUUAAAAGAAUACCUUACAAAGGUGGCAAUACAAUGACAGGUGAAGCUAUUGAUUAUCUGAUUAGGAAUGCAUUCACUGAAUCUGCUGGAGCAAGAAAAGGCAUUCCUAAAGUAGCAAUCAUCGUUACGGACGGAAAAUCGCAAGAUGAAGUUGAAAUUCCUGCAAGAGAGCUUCGCAACGUAGGAGUUGAAGUCUUCUCCUUGGGAGUCAAAGCAGCAGAUGCAAAAGAACUGAAACUAAUGGCAUCUCAGCCAUCCUUGAAGCAUGUUUUUAACGUGGCAAAUUUUGACGGAAUAGUGGAUAUACAGAAUGAAAUAAUCUCACAAGUGUGCUCAGGUGUUGAUGAACAGCUGGGUGAAUUGAUUAGUGGAGAAGAAGCUGUGGAGCCUCCUUCAAACCUAGUGGCUGCCCAAAUCUCAUCAAAAUCGAUUAGAGUCACUUGGGAUCCAUCUGCUAGCCAAAUAACAGGCUACAGGGUGCAAUUCUUUCCAAUGAUAGCAGGAGCCAAACAACAUGUGUUGAGUGUUGGUCCUCAAACUACUGCUUUAAAUGUCCGAGAUCUUUCUCCAGAAACAGAGUACCAGAUUAAUGUAUAUGCAAUGAAAGGAAUGGCAUCCAGUGAGCCAAUUACGAUAAUGGAAAAAACACAGCCAGUCAAAGUUCAAGUGGAAUGCUCCCGUGGUGUGGAUGUAAAAGCUGAUAUUGUGCUUUUAGUGGAUGGCUCCUACAGCAUUGGUAUCGCCAAUUUUGUUAAAGUAAGAGCCUUUUUGGAAGUGUUAGUUAAAAGCUUUGAGGUUUCACCUCAAAAAGUACAAAUAAGUCUUGUCCAGUACAGCAGGGAUCCCUAUACGGAGUUUUAUUUGAACAGAUACAACAAAAUUGAAGAUGUAAUUCAGGCUAUUAACACCUUCCCCUACAGAGGUGGAUCUACAAACACAGGCAAAGCGAUGACCUAUGUGAGGGAGAAAGUAUUUGUUAUCAACAGAGGAUCAAGACCAAAUGUACCAAGGGUCAUGAUUCUUAUUACUGAUGGAAAAUCGUCAGAUGCCUUUAAAGAACCAGCCAUAAAAUUGAGGGAAUCAGAUGUAGAGAUAUUUGCAGUUGGUGUUAAGGAUGCAGUACGUACAGAAUUGGAAGCAAUUGCUUCACUGCCUGCUGAAACCCAUGUGUACACAGUGGAAGAUUUUGAUGCUUUCCAAAGAAUAUCAUUUGAACUUACACAGUCUGUCUGCCUACGAAUUGAGCAGGAACUGGCUGCUAUAAAGAAGAAAAGUUAUUUACCUGCCCGUAAUUUGGCCUUUUCUGAGGUAAAAUCCAACAGUUUCAAAGUGAAUUGGUCUCCAGCUGGAUCUGAGGUUUUGUCCUAUCUUAUUAAAUAUAAAGUAGCUGCUGGUGGAGAAGAAUUCCUUGUUUCAGUGCCAGCUUCAAGUACUAGCUCAGUUCUCAGCCAUUUACUCCCUGAAACUCCUUAUGCAGUGAGUGUGAUUGCAGAGUAUGAAGAUGGUGAUGGUCCUUCCUUGGAUGGGGAAGAAACGACUUUAGAAGUUAUAGGGGCUCCUCGAAACUUAAUGAUAACAGAUGAAACUACUGAUAGCUUUAAGGUUGGCUGGAUGCCAGCUCCAGGAAAUGUCCUAAGGUAUACAGUUGCAUACAGGCCAGUGACCAGAAGAGAGAGAAAACAAGUAACUGUCCCAGCAAAUGAAAGAUCAACUACGUUACUGAACUUGACUCCCGAUACAAGAUAUGAAGUUAAUGUUAUUCCUGAGUAUCUGUCUGGGCCUGGAAAUUCAUUGAAUGGAUAUGCAAAAACUGAAGAAGUCCUAGGGACUCCAAGAAAUUUGAGAGUUUCUGAUGCUACUACAUCCACAAUGAAGUUAUCUUGGGGUGCAGCACCUGGCAAAGUCCAGCGAUACCUUUUAACAUAUACUCCAGUGGCCGGAGGUGAAACUAAGGAGGUAACCAUAAGGGGUGAUACUACCACUACAGUGCUGAGAGAUUUAGAACAGGGCACCAAGUAUGCACUGUCCGUGACUGCCUUGUAUGCAUCUGGAGCAGGGGAUGCCCACCCUGGGCAAGGAGAAACACUUGAAGCACGAGGAAGUCCAAGAAAUUUGAAAGUUUCUGAUGCUACAACAUCCACAAUGAAGUUAUCUUGGAGUGCAGCACCUGGCAAAGUCCAGCAAUACCGUAUAACGUAUACUCCAGUGGCCGGAGGUGAAGCCAAGGAGGUAACCAUAAGGGGUGAUACGACCACUACAGUGCUGAGAGAUUUAGAACAUGGCACCAGAUAUGCGCUGUCUGUGACUGCCUUGUAUGCAUCUGGAGCAGGGGACGCCCUCCCUGGGCAAGGAGAAACACUUGAAGCCCGAGGAAGUCCAAGAAAUUUGAGAGUUUCUGAUGCUACAACAUCCACAAUGAAGUUAUCUUGGGGUGCAGCACCUGGCAAAGUCCAGCGGUAUCGUAUAACAUAUACUCCAGCGGCUGGAGGUGAAGCCAAGGAGGUAACCAUAAGGGGUGAUACUACCACUACAGUGCUGAGACAUUUAGAACAAGGCACCAGAUACGCACUGUCCGUGACUGCCUUGUAUGCAUCUGGAACAGGGGAUGCCCUCCCUGGGCAAGGAGAAACACUUGAAGACCGUGGCUCACCUCGUGAUUUGGUUAUUAGAGACAUAACUGACACUACAAUGGGACUAUCCUGGACAGCAGCUCCAGGAGCAGUUCGUCGUUAUAGAAUAGUAUGGAAAUCGCUCUAUGAUGGUCAGACUGGGGAGAGCACAGUUCCUGGAAAUGUAAUAAAUACUGUGCUGGAAAAUUUACAGCCAGAGACUAAAUAUAAGAUUUCAGUCUUUGCUUCCUAUAGCAGUGGAGACGGAGCUCCUCUAGAAGGAGAGGCUACUACUGAAGUGUCACCAAAUGCCAGGAGGGUGAGAGUAGAUGAAGAGACGGAGAAGUCAAUGAGAGUUACAUGGCAGCCUGCACCUGGGAAAGUUGUGAGCUAUCGUGUAGUUUACCGACCAGUCAGUGGAGGAAGGCAGGUGGUUGCAAAAGUACCAGCUACUUCCACAACUACAGUGUUAAAACGACUUCAGCCUUUAACCAAAUACAACAUCUCUAUUAUUCCAAUGUAUAAAUCUGGGGAAGGAAAACACAGGCAAGGAGAAGGAACUACAGCCUCUCCAUAUAAACCACCCAGAAACCUGAAAACGUCUGAUUCCACUAUGUCAAGUUUCAGAGUAACUUGGGAGCCAGCCCCUGGGGAAGUGAGAGGUUACAAAAUAACUUUCCAUCCGACAGGAGAAGAAAGACUUGGAGAACUAAUCGUUGGGCCAUAUGACAAUACAGUUGUACUGGAGGAGCUUAGGGCAGGCACUACCUAUAAGGUAAAUGUUUUUGGAAUGUUUGAAGGAGGGGAGAGUGCACCACUGAUUGGCCAAGAAAUGACCACCCUUUCAGAUGCUACUGUGAUGCCAUUCUUAUCCAGAGGCUUGGAGUGUAUUACCAGAACAGAAGCUGAUAUUGUGUUGCUGGUGGAUGGCUCAUGGAGUAUUGGGAGACCAAAUUUUAAAACAGUCAGGAACUUCAUUGCUCGUAUUGUUGAAGUCUUUGAUAUUGGUCCUGACAAAGUGCAGAUUGCUCUUGCUCAGUAUAGUGGAGACCCCAGAACAGAAUGGCACCUAAAUACUUACGGUUCCAAACAGAGUUUACUAGAUGCGGUGGCCAACUUACCAUACAAAGGAGGCAAUACUCUAACAGGAAUGGCUUUGAGUUUCAUCCUAAAAGACAAUUUCAAACCUGAAGUCGGAUUGAGGCCUAGAGCUCACAAAAUCGGUGUUCUCAUCACUGAUGGCAAAUCACAAGAUGAUAUAGUGGCUCCUUCAAAGAGACUCAGGGAUGAGGGAGUGGAACUUUAUGCGAUUGGUAUCAAAAAUGCAGAUGAAAAUGAGUUAAAGCAGAUUGCAACAGAUCCAGAUGAUACCCAUGUUUACAACGUUGCUGAUUUCUCCUUCCUCGUUAAUAUUGUUGAUGACUUAACGAUUAAUCUGUGUAAUAGUGUAAAAGGCCCAGGUAGUUUGUCACCUCCCUCUAAUCUGGUGAUUUCUGAGGUGGCACCUCGUUCUUUCAGAGUGACAUGGACUGCACCCGUUGACAGCGUGGAUAGAUACAGGGUUGAAUACUACCCUGUUUCUGGAGGCCCACCUCAGCAGUUUUAUGUAAAUCGAGCGGAAACUACUACAGUUCUGAGAAACCUGAAACCUGAAACAGAAUAUGUUGUUAAAGUGUUCUCUGUGGUAGAAGAUGAAAGCAGUGAACCUCUAAGUGGCACAGAAACAACUUUGCCAAUCCCUACAGUCAGAAACCUGAAUGCUUAUGACAUUGGCUCGACUUCCAUGAGAGUGAGAUGGGAACCUCUCAGGGGAGCUACUGGUUAUCGGUUAUUGUAUGAACCUCUCAAUGCCACAAUACCAGCUGUAGAAAAAGAGAUGCACGUUGGGUCAUCAGUGAAUGAUGUUCAGCUGGUAGACCUCAUCCCCAAUACUGCCUACACUUUAACUAUUCACGCAGAGUUCGGUGAUCUCAGCAGUGACCCACUCACCACUCAGGAAGUGACAUUACCUUUAGCUGGAGCCAAAAGCUUGAGGGUUAGAGACAUUACUCACAGCAGCAUGAAUGUCAUUUGGGAUCCUGCCCCAGGAAAAGUCCGCAAAUACCUAUUGAGAUACAAAACAACUUUGGGAGACGAACCAAAAGAGGUGGAAGUUGAUAAAUCAAAAACGAGCACAGUUCUUUCUAGUCUUCUCUCACAAACUCCAUAUGAUGUACAACUCGUUGCGAUAUAUGACGAAGGAGAAUCUAUACCAGUAGCUGCUAAAGCUACCACUUUGCCUGUACCAGCACCAGUCAAUCUCAGACUCACAGAAGUAACAAAGCAAAGCUUCAGAGGCACUUGGGACCAUGGAGCUCCAGAUGUGGCUCUCUAUAGAAUCACCUGGGGACCCUAUGGUGGAACAGAAAAGCAGGAGACCAUCCUAAAUGGCGAUGAAAAUACUCUGGUUUUCGAAAAUCUGAACCCAGACACCUUAUAUGAUGUCUCAGUUACUGCCAUCUAUCCUGAUGAAUCCGAAAGCGAUGACUUGAUUGGCAGUGAGCGGACAUUACCUGCAAUACGUCCAACAACACAAGCACCAAAGAGUGGCCCACGAAACCUUCAGGUGUACAAUGCAACUUCCAAUAGCCUGACUGUAAAGUGGGAUCCAGCCAGUGGCAGAGUGCAGAGAUACAGGAUCACUUACCAGCGUACAACUGGGGAUGGUGCUGAACAAUCGACCAUGGUAGGAGGGAGGCAGAACAGUGUCGUGCUACAGAAGCUGCAACCCGACACGCCAUACACUAUUACUGUAUCGUCUAUGUAUGUGGAUGGGGAAGGAGGACGGAUGACAGGCAGGGGCAAGACCAAGCCACUCAACACAGUAAAGAACCUUCGGGUGUAUGAUCCAACCACCAGCACGCUGAGUGUACGAUGGGAUCAUGCUGAAGGAAGUCCUCGCCAGUAUAAAGUAUAUUAUGUGCCAACAACAGGUGGUGCAGAAGAAAUGACAACAGUACUAGGGAACACAAAUUAUAUCAUCCUGAGAUCUCUCCAGCCUGACACACCUUACAAAAUAACUGUGGUUCCAGUUUACCCGGAAGGGGAUGGUGGACGUGUAUCUGACACUGGGAGAACUUUGGUGAGAGGAGCGGCAAGAAACAUACAAGUUUACAACCCUACACCGAACACCCUGAAUGUCCGAUGGGAACCUGCACCGGGUCCAGUACAACAGUAUAGAGUCGUCUAUGCUCCGCUGGUUGGCACAAGGCCAUCAGAGUCUAUUGUGGUUCCAGCAAACACUCACAAUGUUGUGCUGGAGCGCCUGACCCCUGACACUCCUUACUCUGUGAACGUUGUGGCUCUGUAUGCCGACGGAGAGGGAAAUCAAAGCUCUGGGCAAGGGAGAACAAUACCUCGCAGUGGGCCAAGGAACUUGAAGGUGUUUGGUCCAACAACAAACAGCCUGUCUGUACAAUGGGACCAUGCUGAUGGGCCAGUUCAGCAGUAUAGAAUCAUUUAUUCACCUACUGUUGGAGAUCCUAUAGAUGAAUAUACAACAGUACCCGGAAGAAGAAAUAAUGUGAUAUUACAGCCACUGCAGUCAGACACACCGUAUAAAAUUACUGUUGUGGCUGUGUAUGAUGAUGGAGACGGUGGACAGCUGACAGGAAAUGGACGAACUGUUGGGUUGCUUCCUCCUCAAAACAUACAUAUUUCAGAUGAGUGGUAUACACGAUUCAGAGUUUCCUGGGAUCCCUCCCCAUCUCCUGUUCUUGGGUACAAACUUGCGUAUAAACCUGUAGGUUCCGACGUGCCGCCAAUGGAGGUGUUUGUUGGGGAAGUGACUUCAUACACACUGCACAACCUGUCUCCUAGUACUAUCUAUGAUGUGAAUGUUUAUGCCCAAUACGAUUCUGGACUCAGUGCACCCCUGAUUGAUCAAGGCACUACAUUGUACUUGAACGUCACUGAUCUAACAAGUUACAAGGUGGGAUGGGAUACCUUCUGUAUCCGAUGGUCCCCUCACCGGUCAGCAUCUUCCUACAGAUUAAAGCUAAACCCAGCUGAUGGAUCCCGAGGACAAGAAAUUACUGUACGUGGGACAGAAACCAGCCACUGUUUCACUGGCCUUUCACCAGACACUGAAUACAAUGCUACUGUCUUUGUUCAGACCCCAAACCUUGAGGGACCACCCAUCUCUCUGAAAGAGCGCACGUUCAUCAAACCUACCGAAGCACCAACUCAACCGCCUUCUCCUCCUCCACCUCCCACAAUCCCACCGGCUCGGGAUGUAUGCAAAGGUGCCAAAGCAGACAUUGUGUUCCUGACUGAUGCUUCCUGGAGUAUUGGUGAUGAUAAUUUCAACAAAGUAGUGAAAUUUGUUUUUAAUACUGUUGGAGCCUUUGACUUAAUCAACCCUGCUGGAAUUCAGGUUUCCUUUGUGCAGUACAGUGACGAUGCAAAGUCUGAGUUUAAACUGAAUACAUAUGAUGAUAAGGCUCAGGCUCUAGGAGCACUUCAGAAUAUUCGGUACAAAGGAGGAAAUACAAGAACAGGCAAAGCCCUUACAUUUAUCAAAGAAAAAGUCUUGACUUGGGAGAGUGGCAUGAGAAGAAGUGUGCCCAAGGUACUUGUUGUUGUCACAGAUGGUCGGUCGCAGGAUGAAGUUAAGAAAGCUGCAGCAAUCAUACAGCACUCUGGUUUCAGUGUCUUUGUUGUUGGUGUAGCUGAUGUGGAUUACCAUGAGCUGUCAAAGAUUGCUAGCAAACCCAGUGAACGUCAUGUAUUUAUCGUUGAUGACUUUGAUGCCUUUGAAAAGAUUGAGGAGAACCUCCUCACUUUUAUUUGUGAGACAGCUACCUCAACUUGCCCUCUCAUUUACUUGGAGGGAUACACUUCUCCUGGUUUCAAGAUAUUGGAAUCAUACAACUUAACAGAGAAGCAUUUUGCCUCUGUACAAGGAGUAUCACUGGAAUCAGGAUCCUUCCCUAGCCAUGUGGCAUACAGGAUCCAUAGAAAUGCCUUCAUCAGUCAGCCUGCAUCGGAGCUUCAUCCAGACGGAUUGCCACAUGCUUACACAAUCAUACUGCUGUUCCGCCUUCUUUUGGAAACCCCCAAUGAGCCAUUUGCAAUUUGGCAGAUUACAGACAGGGAUUUGAAACCACAAGUUGGAGUAAUUCUUGAUCCUUCCACCAAAUUAUUGUCAUUUUUUAACAAGGAUAUAAGAGGAGAAGUUCAGACAGUAACUUUUGAUGAUAAUGAAGUAAAGAAAAUCUUUUAUGGAAGCUUCCACAAGGUUCAUAUUGUUGUAACCUCAACAAGUGUUAAGCUUUACAUUGAUUGCAGUGAAGUAAUGGAGAAGCCAAUUAAGGAGGCUGGAAACAUCACAACUGAUGGCUUUGAAAUACUUGGAAAACUAUUGAAAGGUGAUCGGAAAUCAGCAACAUUUGAAAUCCAGAGUUUUGAUAUCGUAUGUAAUGCAGUUUGGACUAGCCGUGAUAGAUGCUGUGAUCUUCCUUCAAUGAGGGAUGAAGCAAAAUGCCCAGCUCUUCCAAAUGCUUGUACAUGUACACAAGACAGCGUGGGACCCCCGGGACCUCCUGGACCUGCUGGUGGUCCAGGCACUAAAGGGCCUAGAGGUGAAAGGGGUUUAACUGGAUCUGCCGGGCCACCUGGUCUUCCUGGUGAGGCAGGUCCACCAGGUCCUCAGGGUCCACCAGGUCCACAAGGGAUCAAUGGACUUUCAAUUCCAGGAGAACCAGGUCGCCAAGGAAUGAAAGGUGAUGCUGGAGAACCAGGGCUACCAGGCCGAUCAGGAACCCCAGGUUUGUCUGGCCCACCUGGCCCAGUAGGACCACCAGGUGACAGGGGUUUCACAGGAAAAGAUGGUGCCACAGGACCCAGAGGCCCACCUGGAUCAGUGGGUGCUCCAGGAGUUCCAGGAGUAGCAGGCCCAAGUGGAAAACCAGGGAAACCAGGAGAUCGUGGGCCACAAGGUCCAUCUGGAAUGAAAGGAGAAAAAGGUGACAGAGGAGAUAUUGCUUCUCAGAACAUGAUGCGAGCUGUUGCAAGACAAGUCUGUGAACAAUUGAUAAAUGGCCAAAUGAACCGGUUCAAUCACAUGCUGAAUCAAAUCCCGAACGAUUACUAUGCAAACCGCAAUCAACCAGGACCUCCAGGACCACCAGGACCGCCAGGAAGCGCUGGGGCAAGAGGAGAACCUGGGCCUGGAGGAAGACCAGGGUUCCCAGGAACACCUGGCGACCAAGGACCACCUGGUGAAAGAGGACUGUCAGGAGAGAAAGGUGAAAGAGGGAUUGGAUCACAAGGACCACGAGGUUUGCCUGGACCACCUGGUCCACCAGGGGAGUCUCGAACUGGCCCACCAGGUUCUACAGGUUCACGAGGGCCACCUGGGCCACCAGGUCGUCCUGGAAAUGGGGGUAUUCGAGGUCCCCCAGGCCCACCUGGGUAUUGUGAUUCAUCCCAGUGUGCUAGCAUCGCUUACAAUGGUCAAGGAUUCCCAGAACAAGGUUGAAUACUCCAUGUUUCUCUUGAAAAGUAAAAAGAAUGCUCUGGUUGCCAAUUUUUGUGUGUCUGUUUUUUGAUCAACAUCAGGAUUAUUUAUACAAAAUUAAUACCUGAAAUUAAAAUUUUCCACAAACAGAAACUAUUCUCUGUUACAGUGCAAGCAACUGAAAAACUCCACUAUUCUACAGUUUCCAUUGAAUUAAACCCCAAAAGUCCCUGGUUAGCCCUGAGUCAUGCCAGCCUCCUGCUGUGAGAAGCAGUUGAAAACAAUAGGCUGUCACAGGGAGUCAAAUAAUGGAUGACAGUAGCCAACAAUUUCUGACUAAUGAGAAGACACUAAUAUAUUCUAUACCUAGGGUCCUGCAGGGCCAUUUUCAUGAAGAAAGUCCAGGCCCAUAGUAUUGUUACCAAAUUCAUUUGUGUGCACUGUAGCAUUUUACAAUUAGUGUAUGUGAUACUGAUGUUGGAUAUGGUUUGCCACUAGCAUACUGUGCAUGUAUACAUGAAAAAAAAAUAAUAUAUAUAUGUAUACAGACUCAUUGCUGUUGGGUGUAAAAAGCCAGGUACUUGCAUAUAUCUAACCCAAGAUUCCUAUUUAAAUGAAAAAGAGCUAAACUUGUACCCAUUGUGCAGCCAUGCAAUCCUUCCUAGUGAACAGCUAUGUAUACAUAUAUAGAUAUAUGCAUAUGACUUAACCAUUGUGUAUUUUAGUUGGAUGACAGUAUAUUUUUGCACAGCAGUCUGACUUUUUAAAAACUAACAUAAUCUUUGACCUGUUUCAGGUUCCGGCUAACACAUUUUCUAAGUCUCCAGUGCUGCUUGCAGGUUGAAUACAUGAAAAACCUGUUUCUGAGAUGUUUGCGCACGUGCUUAGUAGGAAAUGAGUCUGUAUGAAUAUUUCACCACGGAUAUGGUUAAAAUCUAACCGUGUUGGCCUCAUAUAAUACUAACAACAUUCGUGAAUGACAUAAGGACAGUGAUGUCAAUUCAUUAUCAAGCCUGUUGCAUUUCAGUAAUAAAGUAGAAAAACAAUUAUUUUUAACUCCCCCCCCACCAAAUCAUCAGAAGCCUCAGUACUGAAAGAGGCUUAUAAAACUACUAACCAGCAGAAGUAACACCAUUGUGGGAGACAGAUUUAACCUGAUAAACAAGAAAUGACUUAUGUAAAUAGUAAACUAAUUGUGGCUUGUAAAUGAUUUGUAAGGGAUCGUGUCCACUAAAAUCAGUUAACUUCUUUACAUUAAGCUUCUGCAUUAAAGCCUGCUGCUGCUUGCUAUGUGCCAGAAUAACAUCUUUGACUCUGUAUGAAAUCUACCUGUCUGUUGCUUGUGAUCAACAUGUCUGAUUCAGGGCAUGUGCCUUUUUGUAUAUGUAAUCUUGUUGGGUUUUGUAAUUGCAGUUCUAAAUACUCAAGUUUUAUAAUUAUUUUUCUUCUGUUUUGCUGUAGUCUUUGGUGUUCCUCCAGCACCAGCUGUAACUCAGUUUGUUACGAGGAACAGAAUCAGAAAAUGACAUGUACUGCAUAUUGCCACUGGUGAUAGUUAUGUGUACAUUUAUUUCCCACCCUCAGAGAAAAUUACUAGAAGCCAGUCAAACAUUUUCUUUUUACUUAAUCCAUUUGCUCUAUUAAUUAAUUAUUUUUUAAAUCAAAUCCAAGUAUUUUUUAGAUUUGUUGAAGUAGAUGUAAAAUACUAUUUUUAUUUUUUAACAAUUUAUUGGACCCUUGCAUAACAUCGUAAGACUGUUUCUACAAAUGUUUCUUGUGUUUUUAAGAGCUGGAUCCUAGGAGGCCUUUCAAAACCAAAUCUCAUUUUUCUUAUGAUUUUACUGCCUCUCCUGCCCCCCUCCCAAUUCCAUGAACAAAACUGUAAAAAAAUCGGUGAAUUAUUAAUUUAGACAUUUAUUAUAUGAAAUUAAAAUCGAACUAACAUUAUAUAGCCAAACUAACUUUCAUUAUAUUUGUGGAUUCGAAGACCUGUGAUAACUAUAAUGUUCAAUCAGACAACUAUUUUCAACCAGAGUCAUACGUACCUGAAAGUGGACCCUAUCAACCUGAAAGUGAGCCCUACAUAGUACCAAUGGAGUCAGAAAGGAGAGAGGAUGAAUAUGAGGACUAUGAAGUUGAAAUGCAUUCACCAGGAUUACCCUGAACAAAUGUGCUAGAAAUAUCAUUACCAAGAAAAGCAAAAGCAAAAACAAAACCAUAAAAGAUCUGUCUUGUUUUGUGUUGUUGGUUGUUUGUUUUUGUUUGUGCUAUGCUCACAUAUGCAGAUACAUACAGAGUCGGUGUAUCCUAUAUUCUCCAAUACUCCCUUCUCAGAUCAGAAAUGCACUCACAUCUUGUAGGAGUAUCAUGCUUAUGUGCGAAUAGCAAUGUAUGUAACUGUAGAUUUCGUUCUUGCUCUUGAAAUGCUUGUAAAAUACUUUUGCUUAAAGUGGCUGCUUAGAACUUAAUGUGUGCAUUCAGUUAUCACAAUGCUGCAUUUUCUUGAAAUAAUAAUUAAAAAACCCACAAAACACCAAAAACCAGAGCUGCUGCAAAUUUUCGAAGGGCUGUCUGCUUUAGCUCUACAGUUUUCCUCCUUUUCAAUGCCUGUUUGCAGCUAAGUCACAUCACAAGUCCGCAUUGUCUAGUAAAAAGCAAACCAACUCCUUCUACAUCGUUGCUAAUUUUUUCUAUCCUUAGUUAUACCUUGCAGGGCAUAUAUUGCUCUUAUACAUCUCCUUUAACAACCACAAACUUUAAGUAAUGUAGCUGAAAUCAUUGUAUCAACUGGAUAUAGUUUUAUACUGCUUUAAAUCUCCUUGUAGACACAUUAACAUUUAUGCCAAAUUGCAGUCAAUCCUGCAGAGAUGGAAUUGCAUGUUUGUGUUGUAUAUUUAGUAUGGAUUUUUUUUUCAGAAUAUAAUGUUUCUUAGUUAUCAAAAGCAGUUGGAAAUUGUUUGCAAGACUAUGGAUAUAGAAUUGCUGCUUUUAUAUUUUAACUGCAAAUUGUGAAUUUCACUGCCUUAUAUUAUUUAUUUCUGAAACAAAGGAGGCAUUUUUCAAUAAAACUACUGAAAAUUUA